AUGUCCAGCGGGGAUGUGGAGCGACGAUCGGAUGGUGACUUAAUUUCCACCCUGUACUGUUCUGUGCUCUACGUAUGUAAUGAGGACAGGCGCUGGGCGCGCUGCUGUCUCCGGGGCAGUGGUCCAGGCAGCUGGGCCACGGGUGUCGGCCCCGAUCAGGCCGCGGGGUGGUGGUGGGCAGGGGUCUCGGGGCUGCAGACCUCUGCGUCUCCAGCGAGCGAGUCGACGAGACCUUUGCGGCCAGGAAGGGUCCUGCCGCCCUGGCUGCCAGCAGCGGAGAGGACGCCCCGAGGGGCUCGGCGGGAGGCGCGCCCCGCCCGGCCCGGCCCGCGGCUUGGACGCCGGGUUGCAGCCUGGCCUCGGCCUCCGCGCGCGCGGGCGCUGCCGGGGCGCAGCCGGGGACCCCGGACCCGGGAGGGAGAGAGUGGAGGCGAGCGCGGCCUGGCUGCCGGCCGAAGGCGCCGCACGUCGCUCCGAACGUCACCCCGAGCGGCCUCGAGACCCAGCUGUCCAGGUGGAUGGAGCGAAGGGGGCCGGCGGCGGGCGGGGACACUGCCGCCUGGAGGCCGGGCGGGGUCCGGCGCUCGGGGAGGCGGCCGCGGGCCGGUGUCGCCAGCCGCGCUCACUCCCGCCCUCGCGGACUCCAGCUCCUCCGUCUCCGAGUCGUCGAGGAACCAUUCCCAGCUGUUCGCGGCAGCGGUGGGCAACGAGGAGUGGCUGCGAUUCUGUCUGAAUCGGGACCAGGGGGAGAUCCGGAGCGACCGGAAGGGCUUCACCGCCAUCCACUUCGCAGCCCAGCGGGGCAACCUCGUGUGCAUGAAGAUCUUGAUAGAAGAGUACAAGGUUCCGGUGGACCUGCGCACCAACCGUCGCCAGACCCCUCUCCAUCUUGUCAUCCGCAAGGACAACGAGACCCUCGCUGUUCCUUGCAUUCACUACUUGCUCAAGAAGGGGGCCGCCAUCAACACUGCAGCAGCCAAUGGCUUUACAGCUCUGCACCUGGCGGCCCGUGACGGCUUACUGGACUGCAUAAAGGUCCUGGUGCAGAGUGGUGCCAAUGUCCACGCCCAGGAUUCUAUGGGUUGCAAGCCCAUCGACUACUGCAAAAUAUGGAACCACCGUGCCUGUGCCCGGUUCUUGAAGGAUGCAAUGUGGAAACGGGACAAGAAGGACUUUGCUUGUGAGAUGAGGAAACUGAAGCGCCUCAAGGACCAGCUGACUCUCAUGGAACGCAGCUACCUGAUUCAGCAUCAAAAAGAACAUCAACUUCUGAUAGAGGCUGAUUUCAGGAAGUGGCUCCAUCAAAAGCUGCUUCAAUCCCAGGUCUCCAACGCCAAGCAAGAGGCUGGUGCCCCAACUUGCCCCAAGGCCCUCUCUGAGACCCCAGGAUCCCAGAUUCCCAGGAAUAUCUGCCAAUUUAUGGAGGCCCACCUACAAAGCAUGCCUCAGCCUAAGGUGCCACCCAAGCCAAUCUACAGGCAGCCUAAAAUCAUUCGGCCCAAGUUGUGGGAUCUUAGCACUAACCUUGCCCGAUCCCGCCCUCCCAUCAUCUGCUGCCCACAGGACAUCCGUAUGGGCCUUCACCCAGACCCCUGCCAGGAGUAUGACUUGUACAGCUUCCUGGAGGUGACUCAGGAUCCACAUGGUGGUGCACAGCUGCGCACAGUGGAUGGCCAUUUGGUGACACCUGUACCCCAGCUUCCUUUCGAGGUGAUAGUCCGAAUACUGCACCCUUGGAAGCAGCCAUACAGGAUGAAGGUGCCCAAGGGGUUUUACGUCAAGAGCAUACUUGAUGUACCCAGGAAACGGCACUUUGGCCAGGAUAUUUUUUGGACAGACACUAUGGCCAUGAACCUGCGUCAGACAUUUGAUGACGCCUUCCUGGCAGCCAUGCAAGCUCAUCAGGGGCUCCCUGCCUUGCCCUCUUCUCCAGCUCCCCAGUAAAGGUAUUUUGGUAAUGCCCAUACCCAGGGUGCUCACUGAAUGCUGAAGUGUGGUGAUGUGUGCUGUGGAGGGAACAGGGAGGAUUGCCUAUAAGCCUCCCACUCUCACGUUGCAAUAUAGGAUCUCCCUAUCUGCUCCCCAAAACCCAAACUCCAGGUUGCCGCCUCUUGGCAAAGUAUUUGGCUCCCGAGGCUGGGGAUUUAGCUCUGUGGCAUAAGCGCCUGCCUUGCAAGCAGGUAGUCGUGAGUUCGAUCCCUGGUACUGAUAUAAAAAAAAAAAAAAUAGGCACACUAAAGUAUUUGGCUCCCCCAGAGAAUCCAACAGGGCAGAACCCCAAGGUUCAGACUGGCUAUCAUCACUAUUCUAGGCCCUAACAAUAUAAAAGUGACACUGUGGUUCCCUUCUGCCUCCUCACAUCUACCCUAGCCCACCAGAGACAAGGCUGCCAGUAUAAAAGGACCUCUGGAAAUUCUGUCUCGUUACAAUUAAGUUCUUUUCUGUUGUAGGCUCUAAGCCUUACCGCUCCACCUUGUGGCAUUAGAUUGAAUCCAGGGCCUUCACAUUAAGCUAUGACCGCAGCCUGUUUUGUUCUGAUGGGAGCAGGGGGAUUUUCUUUGUGUCUUUGAGGCAAGGUCUUACGGAGUAGCUAAAUUGCCCAGGCUGGACUCCAGCUCAGGAUUCUCCUGCCUCAGCCUCCGAGUGCUGAGAUUAAGGUGUAUACCAACGUCCUCCAUUCAUCUGCAGAUCCAGAGUGGUUAAAGGAAAGCUAUUGUGUCACCCCAGCAUGUGAUCCCUUACUCCCAGCUGCCACUCAAGUUCCCACCAAUUCAGAAAAGCACAGAUAGCACAUCUGGGGAGAGGGAAGACCUGAAGUUUCUAUGUGAGACUGUUAAAGCACCUGUACUUCCUGUAGAAAGCUAUCUGGGGUCCUCUGCGAUCCCCUCAUACAAAUUAGUUCAUUCAUUAAACAAACGUUUAUUGAAUGCUUUCUAUGUGCCAGGUGCCAAACCAGGCACAAUUGAUACAAAAAUGCAAGGACAAUCCCUGCCCUCAAGGAGCGUACAGUCUAGUGGGGAGAUGAUUAUAAAGCAGGCCAAGUAAUCCCAAAAUGACCUGUGUGGUGUGCUGGGGCUAGGGAAGGAGAAAGGACAUUCAGAGCUCCUUGGAGGAGGUAAAAUCUAAUUUGAGACUUGACAGAAAGUACCAAAGUGAAUGAAAGAAAAGGGAAUCAAAAUGGUGAACGCAAGCCAUGGUGUGUCUGCCUAUGGGAGGCUGGGAACCCAAGUGCAAGAUGAAACCAGAGAUGAGAGGGGACCAGGCUAUCAGGAGACUCACAUGCUGAGGGGUCUGGUCUUCAUCCUCAAGGCAGUAGGGAGCUAUGGAAGGUUUUAAGCUAGAGAGUGAUUUGAUCAAUUGUGCAUUCUGAAAAACAAGUGACUGGCCAUCAGAUAGAGAAGUAAGGGGGCCAUCACAACAAGCCAGGUAAAAGAUGAUGAGGAGGAGGGGGGCGCAACUAAGAGACAUCAAGAAAA